GACGCAUUGAACCAAUUUUGACUGUCAAACACUGACUCAAUUUCCUCAUUCGCCUCAUCGAGCCAGGCAGCCUACUGCGAGGCCCUGGUGACUCAGCGCCGAGUCAUUCGAAAACGGCUAAGUGGGAGUAUCGCUAUGCGAAACCAAACAGUAAUGCCGGUCGGAAUGAAUCGCCCAUCUCCCCACAAGCAAUGCAUCCUCCCCACGCGCACAUGCACAGACCCAAACACACUCAGAGGGGAAGACACCCGUGUAGUGUAUGUGCGUAUACACCAGGCACCCACGUGUACACGUACAGACAAGAUCUAGAACGAGCGUCUGUGUCACUGUACACCGCGGCGACAAACGACACUCAAUAAUUAGCCGCCAGCCUCACAACAGUCUGACGGCCUGCAGCUCAUCCCAGCUGCAGCCCCUGUGUGGUGCCCCUGAUCCUCUCUACUCCGUCACUGGCGUCGAUCUUGAGGAAGUAGUUCUGGCAGUGGAAUGCCCUGUGGCACGCGUGGCUGUCCACACCAGAACCUGACGCGUACACCACACCCACACGCACCCCACCACCACCACCACCACCAAACACGCAACCCAUGAGCACACCGCCCCUCUUUGUGUCUGUCGUCGUGCCUUUCUUGUCAUCUCACCGGCGCAGUGGAGGCACAGCUUCUCCGCGGCCCUCAGCCUCGACUCGUUCACCUCGAGCCGCCGAAGCAGCGCAGCCACUGACGCACCGCGCUGCGCUGCUCGCUCCACGGCCUCAGAGAAAGCCUUCAGAAACUGACCCUCUGAGGGCAGAAAAGAGCACAUAAAUCAUGUGUGUCGUGUGCUGCACGCCAGCGGUUGUCGUGCAGUGCCCAUCUUGGUCUGCUGCGACAUCCGACAACGAAACGUAGAAGAAAGGAAGAUACUGCACAGACACAGCGACGCACACAGACAAAGCCAGCAACUUCUUCUCUGUCCCGCAGCGUUUUCUCUUUUCUUCUGUCGCCUCACCCCGUGGACGUGGACGCAGACUUGCUGCCCGUAGAGUGUGUUGCCGACGAGCUCUCACCAUCAGGCAGCCGACAGAUGGGAGAUGGGUCGGCCACCGACGGGCGUGGUUGUGGUUGUUCCAGUGGAUGGAUGGGUCGUUGGUGGAUGUAGUCAUGGCUACGAUGGUCACUGAAAGGAACGCAUCCGGCGGGGCGGCGUCGCUGUGGAUCAUCAGCAGGGGCGACGAGAUGAUGAGCGGAAAUCAAUCAGGCAGCCAUCUCCUCAUCUCCUUAUCUCCUUAUCUCCUUCAUCUUUCGUCCCUCUUCCCUGUUGCAGCGGUUUCUGGGAGCACCCCAGGCGACCUGGUUUCCCUGCAGCAGCGCGUGAAAA